AGAGGCGGGUUUCCGCAAAAGGGUUGGUUGAUUUGCUAUCGAUCUGAGGAAGAGAGGAGAGGGGAGGAUUCUUAGGUGAGGCCUGGAGAGAAAGAGAAAGAGAGAGAGAGAGAGAGAGAGAGAGAGGGAGAGGGGGCGAGAGAGAGAGAGAGAGAGAGAGAGAGCGGAGCCGAGAUUUAUUGCUACAACAAGACUAAACUCAACCAGGACGGAAUAGCGCUGCUAGAGACAGGAAAUCUGAUGCAGGGAGCGAAGAAGGAGUGAAAGUGUUUGGUGGAAGGACUGCUAUUUUUCAAUCGCUACUGUUUUUCCCCUUUCCUCCUCCUCUCCUUUUCUUUCCAUUCCUCCUCCCUGACCGAUCGCAUUCCGCGUAGAAUCUGCACUUUAAUGCCCCUGCGCACCCGAGGAGUGGAAGGAGAACAGAGCGAGGGAGAACAGAGCGAGGGAGAAGGAGAGCAGAGGCCUGACUUUAACGGAAACCCCGCCGCCGCACCUCACCCCUCUCCCCCGUGGCUGCCUGUCCCCUCUCCCCUCCUGGCCCUGCAUGGACGGGGAUGGGGAGAGCCGGAUGUUGUUACCGCGGGGCUGAGCGCCUCGCAUCCUCGCCUUCCCUGCGACCGCUGCUGCUGCUGAUCGUCGCUCUCUGUUACGGGGCGCACAGAGGUCAUUGCCAGGUGGCCACCCCUCAGUGUCGUAUCCAGAAGUGCACCACAGACUUUGUGUCCCUGACGUCUCACCUGACCCCAGCACUGGAGGGCUUUGACGUAGAGUUCUGUAAGGCUCUGAGGUCCUACAGCGCCUGCACCCAGAGGACAGCCAAGUCCUGCAGGGGCAACCUGGUCUUCCACUCUGCCGUCCUGGGCAUCUCAGACCUCAUGACCCAGAGAAACUGCUCCCGUGACGGGCCCACCUCCUCCACACACCCCGAGAUACAAUCAGAGCCCUGCAACUACCACAGCCGCACCCAGCACACUCACCCACACCCUCACUCUCACACGCACACUCCCACGCGGCCAGGUUACCUGUUCUGCGGGCUGUUUGGGGAUCCCCAUCUGCGGACGUUUAAGGACAGCUUCCAGACCUGCAAGGUGGAAGGGGCGUGGCCGCUGAUUGAUAACGACUUCUUGUCUGUGCAGGUGACCAACGUUCCUGUGGUAACAGGAUCCAGCGCCACAGCGACCAACAAGAUCACCAUCAUAUUCAAGCCCUUUGAGGAGUGUACAGACCAGCGUGUUUACCAGGCAGUAACAGAUGACCUGCCCGCUGCCUUCGUAGACGGUACCGUGAGCAGUGGGGCCCCCAACCACAACGUUAACGGGAAUAACGGUGACUCUACUGGGAAGGUACGGGCGCUGUGGAUCUCGGAGCGUAGCCCCGGUCACCACGUGGAGCUGCACGCCGGCUACAUCGGCGUGACGGUUAUCGUACGACAGCUGGGGCGCUACCUGACCCUGGCGGUGCGCAUCCCGGAGGAGAUGGCCCAUGCCUACGACGCUACGCAGGACCUGCAGCUCUGCCUCAACGGAUGUCCCACCUCGGAACGCAUCGACCGGGGAGGUCACCUGCCACUGCCUCUCCCUCUACCCCCUCCAGCCCUGGGCUUACAUCUCCAGCAGCCACACAGCCAGGGCAAGGGCCAGCCCUCCCACACGGCUCCCUACAGCGCCCCCCAGAGGUUCAGUGUGGAGGGUGCACGGGCACGCUGCAGGGAGCAGCUGGAGUUACAGGAUAUUUAUUUCCACUCAUGUGUGUUUGACCUCAUGACCACCGGGGACGCUAACUUCACGGCAGCAGCGUUCAGUGCUCUGAAGGACAUGGAGAGUCUCCACCCCCACCGGGAACGCUGGAGGAUCUUCCCGCAAAGCUCCGCCGACACCUCCCAGCCUAUCACAUGGCUCCUACUGCUCACUCUCUUUGCGCUCGGCUCUGCACUGGUAUAGCGUGUGUGUGUGUGUGUGUGUGUGUGUGUGUGUGUGUGUGUGUGUGUGUGUGUGUGUGUUCAUAUAGAGCCCCUAGCUGAGCUGUAGGAUAAAGUUCCCUCUAUGCAGAUCUAAGGUCAGUUUUGUGUUUUCCCCUAACGGUUAUGAUUGAGGAGGGUAAACUAAGCUGAUCCUGGAUCUGUGUCUAAGAGAAACUUCUAACCAGAGCCCCUCUGGAGAUUUCACUUUUUCUUCUUCUUGGUGAAAAGAGAAUAGUUGACUGAACACCCUAAGGCAUAUUCCUGCCAUAAAGGAGUCCACAGCUGGCAUCUGAGCAGAUUCCACGACACUCCUGUGUUCUUCCCAUCUCUGCUGUGUGGGACCUAUUAGGCUUCCUGGAGAUGAUGACCUGUCUAUAUGUGAGGAUUACCAACCAACACUCCAACCUGUGUGUGUAUAUUGUAGAAACACAGUCCAGACUGUAAAUAGUGUGUGUGACGUAUCCUGGAACGCUGGAUGGCGUUGUUUUGGUUUUUAUUUUUGCGUGAUUUUGUUGUGAUAGUUUUUUUUUUAUACCUCAUAGACAGAGGAAGUUGUUUUAAGAGAAGCACUUUAUUUAGAUUUUUUGCUAAAUCCACACCAGUGUUCCCCCUCUCCCCUCUCCCCUUUCCACCCCACCCCCA